UGGAAACAGGCUGCAAUGGAACUCCAUACAUUCAUUACAAAUACCAUUAACGCUUCCCAUAUAAAGAGACACAGUUCAGCAUUCGUCACUGGGAAGACACUGCAGGCAGUCACGUUUGUACACCCAAGUAUUGGUAAAAAUUCUCCAGUUACAGAGAUGUUGAGACUCAUCAUUUUGGCAUCAUGUGCAGUGGCUGCAAUUUCAGCUGCCUGCUCCGAGGGCUACAGAGAGGAAGUGGCCACGAGGUGCUACAGGGCCAAACAAAACACUUUUGGAGACUAUGUACUGUAUGUGCCCUGUCCAAGUGGAUAUACAAGGGUCCAGAAUCCCAGUCUGUGCUUCAAAGUGAGUGCUUCUGGCGAUGAGAAGACCUAUCUUGAAGCCAUGACAGAGUGCGCCAAAGUCCAGAACGGCCGUCUUGUGGAUCUGGACUCUCCUGACAAAUAUGGCUUCAUGUUUGGAGUCAUAAGUGCUUCUUCCAAGGGUGUAGGAUACAGCAAAUAUAAUGACUACAGAUUGUGGAUUGGUUUGAAGCGUGUAACUACUACUGGCUUCAAAUGGAACUCUGGGUCCAUGUUUGUCACCAACUGGGCGGAGAAACAGCCGACCUCGUCAACACGGUACAACUGUGGCCUGAUGGAGGUUGAGGGGCUUGCUGUCCAACGCUGCGAUCGCAAAAUCCGAUACAUAUGCGAGGUGCCCAUGUAGCAGCAUCUUCUCUGUGUCUACAGACUGAUGAAGAUGCAACACAAUGCACAACUGCAGUUAUAACACACAUGUACUAGAAACUGACAGUUUCAAGUUGUGGAAAUUAAACUGAAAUAUAUCAAACUGUU